CCAAUCACGCGCCGCGGCCGUUGGCUCACCAAGAUGGCGGCUUCCAGUACGCCGCUGUGCUCAUCCUCGCAGCAGAACGACAGCUAUCGCCUUAUCUGUGGAUCGCUUGAACUCUUCCCGGGGCUGACCAGAGAGAGCUGAGCGGGGCUACGCUGCCAAACGCGGAAGCCGUCCCCUCCCCUCCCCUCCCCUCCACCCUGAGCGCUUUCAUGGUACGCGGAGCCGGGCUCGUUGUGGGGGUUGUGCUAUCCGAGUAUGGCCACCGACAACAGGAUCAAUUUCUGGAGGAGAAACCCUAAGGUUCCCGGAAGUGUGCAACCAGUUUAUGGAGCACAGCAUCCACCUCUUGACCCCCGAUUGCGACGCACGUACCCGAAAGACACAAAGCCCAAAUUCAACAACCUCAAGUCUAAAAAAGCAUGCAGCUUCCACGAGUUUGCAUGCAGCACAAAUGACGCUUGGGACAUUGAUGAUGAGGAGGAUGAAAAUUUCUGUGGGACUCCCUUCCCAGCAUCUUUUGCUCCUUCAGUAGAGGACACGACAGCGUCUGUGCACAACCAGAAACUGCGGCAUCAGAAGGGUGACACGGAAAGCGCGCUGCCUCACAGUCUGACUCCACCCAGAAACGAGCGUCACGGCCUGCAGAAGGACAAUCCUUCAGAGUGUGAGCGUGUCAAUGGCAAAUUUGUAAAGUCUAGCAGUGACGCAGACCUCAACACGUCCUCAGUUCGCUCCCCACUGCAGAAGCAGCAAUCUCUCCCAGUUCGUCCCAUCAUCCCUCUGGUGGCUCGGAUCUCAGAUCAGAAUGCUUCAGGGGCUCCACCCAUGACGGUGCGCGAGAAAAGCCGGCUAGAUAAAUUCAAGCAGCUGCUGGCUAGUCCCAACACUGACCUAGAAGAACUCCGGAAACACAGCUGGUCAGGAAUACCAAGAGAGGUCCGGCCAAUCACAUGGAGGCUUCUCUCAGGAUACCUGCCGGCCAACAAGGAGCGCAGAGAGCUGGUUCUGAAAAGAAAGCGAGAAGAAUAUUUUGGGUUUAUAGAGCAAUAUUACCACUCCAGAACAGACGAGCACUAUAAAGACACUUACAGACAGAUCCACAUUGACAUUCCAAGAACCAACCCACUCAUCCCUCUGUUCCAGCAGCCUGCGGUCCAAGAGGUAUUCGAGCGGAUUCUCUUUAUCUGGGCCAUCCGUCAUCCAGCCAGCGGUUACGUCCAAGGAAUCAACGAUCUGGUCACACCCUUCUUUGUUGUCUUCUUGUCUGAGUUUGUCACGGAGGAUGUGGAGAACUUUGAUGUGGCAGCUCUGCCUCUGGAGACCCAAAGAAACAUCGAGGCUGACAGCUUCUGGUGCAUGAGCAAACUGCUGGAUGGCAUUCAGGACAACUACACCUUCGCCCAGCCUGGAAUCCAGAACAAGGUGAAAGCGUUAGAGGAGCUGGUCAGCCGAAUAGAUGCGGACAUUCACAAUCAUUUCAAGAAGUAUGAGGUGGAGUACCUGCAGUUUGCUUUCCGAUGGAUGAACAACCUGCUGAUGAGGGAGUUGCCACUUCGCUGUACCAUUCGUCUUUGGGACACCUACCAGGCUGAAGCUGAAGGUUUCUCCCACUUCCACUUGUAUGUGUGUGCUGCAUUUCUCAUGGAGUGGCGCAAAGAAAUCCUCUGCAUGGCUGACUUUCAGAGCCUCCUGAUGCUCCUACAGAACCUCCCAACGAUCCACUGGGGAAACGAAGAAGUGGGUCUCCUCCUGGCUGAAGCUUAUAGACUCAAGUACAUGUUUGCAGACGCCCCCAGCCACUAUAAAAGAUAGGCCGCACAGACUCCAACGCGCCGGUGACUGGAAGGACCUGAGCAGUAUUUUGCUCUGUGGUAACACUGAGGAGACUGAUGGAGGGAUAAACUAACCACUUCACUUCAUGCUGUGAAGAGCAAGUUUGGAGAAGAUCAGCAUGACUCUUGAGUUUUAGGGUGGAGCCAUAAAGCUCUGGUAAAAAUCUUUUGGACCAUAUGCAGUAAACCUACUGCACUGUAUCAGUGGACUGUUACAGUAUAUCAACCACAUGUAUUUAGUUUUUCUUCCUCUCAGAAGAGCACGCUGGAAUUUUAAAGGAUGAUGAAUGUUUGUGAAAUCCUCCUUUUAGUGGCAUCUGCAGAUUCUAUUUUCUAUUUGUUUUAUAAAAAGAAACUCGAUGUGAACCAGGCAACUACUGUUUUUCUCAUUUUGAGCUUAUUAAGUCAGACACUGAUGAGCUGUUACUAACAGGAAGCACAAUGACCCCCCCCCCCCUACUUCCCCUCUAAUUUGUUUAGGACUACCAAAUCUGCUGUGAACAAUCAGCCUUUUUAAGUACCCUAUUUGAACCGAAUAAGCUUCCUGUUUUUACAUUCAAAAGAAGGUUCUGUGUUUCAUUUUAUGGGUUUUGUUUUUUAGGCAAAAUCAGACUGUAAAUCACUUUGCCUAAAGGGUUCAGCCUUACUCUGCCAUGUAUGGCAUUGUAUUUGAGGUAAAUAAACAGACCUUGUAGUUAGGAUGAGUUAAAUUUCAGCAUUAAACCCUGAUUUAGUGGUUCUAAAUUAAUCCUAAAUUCUGAUAUUUUUACACAAUUUUAGUUAAAAAAUAACUAAAUAUGUCAACUCCUGGUAAUGCAACAGAAUUAUAACUCCUGCAAACACAUACGGAAACACUUGUGUUGCAAGGUGCUCAGUCAGUUUUAAUUUGUAGCAAGAAAAUGAAGUCAGAGAGGUGACAUAAAAGCUGAACAUUUUUGCUUUGUACAACCAGUAAAAUUGCCGUAAUUAAUGGCACAUCUUCUCUUCAGUUCAAAUAUAGGAAAUCCUGGAAUCAUAAAGCAGAAACUUAGGUUUCUGGCCUUUCUAACUGCUGGUAUUCUUUGAGGCUUGGACUUUAUGGGAAAACAGUAUUCCUGUCUCUGUUUAACGUUUUAUAGUAGCUGACAGAGCAGAGUUGCUAGUUGUGCACACCCUGUGUUUUUAUUUUACCUUGAAUUGCUAGUUGGUUUGAGAAUCAGCAUGCUGGCUGGCCAAGUAAUUUAGUGGAUCUCCUGUUUUUUAAUGUUCAAAGGCUCUUUUGCUUGGUAACAGCAUGUUACCGAAAAACAUGUUGGAUUAAUCAUUAGAAAAGUAUUCACCAUUAUAUUUCCGGUAGAGGAAGCCACUGAUAUCGGCCCUUUCUCUCUUACCUGACAUGCAGCCCUAUAUCGCCUCUGAUGGGGAAGGCGUCUGUUCUCCUGCCAGCCAUCUUCAUAUCUUUCAGUGGACAGCAUUGUAUCGAUGGCCAGUGUAGAUUUAUGAUCCAUCCCUUAUUGCCUUCUUGAUCCAGUCACACACAGACCAUGACUGUGAACCCCGUUUCCUUCUGUUGAGAUGUUGAUGAUGAUUGUAGUUCAGCUUUUCCAGGAGUAAAUCCCUUUUCCUUCAGCUUGGAGUCCUUACAGCGCAGUCAGGGGGACCAACAGGGGGACCAACAAACAAAUAGCCUCACCAUCCAUUGAUUUACCUUUUUGAUGGUGCAACAUGUUACGGUCUGCAUGCAAUUUUCUCCUCAAACAUAUUUUUGAUAAUGACACUUGUGUAUGUAUUUGUUUCAGAAAUGCAAGUCAGUGAUUCCAGAAUAGUUUCCUCUAUUUGAUUUUCUCACUCGUGUGCUGUUAAUUACUGCAAUUUCAAUUGAUCUUUUCAAGGUAUGUUAUGAAACUCUUAAUGUCCAGCCGUUAAAAUCAAUCUGUCUUGUGCUUCAUUUUUGCUAUGUAGUAAAAUAACUGAGUGUUUUCUACAACUACUGGUUCUUCAUUAUGUUCUGGUAGGAUGAACUUUUAUCCAAACGGAUCAGAAUCAUUUGUAGAGAGUAUGUCAAACAGAAUUACAGUGUUUGUUCAUUCAUGUCGGUACUAAAGGACGUUUAGUCUUAACCUGCUACUGAACGCAGCUCAGGGCAGCUUAACAUCCAUGAUGAUGCCUUUGAUUUGAGCGUUUGUAAUGCACUCCUGUGAAGUUCUAGAACGUAUGCCUGUAUUUGUUGUAUUCCUGAUCUGAUUUUCUGUUUCAUACAAUUUUUGCCCUUUAAACCUUUAUGUUCUUAAUCAUCUACCUUGUGGUAGCAGCACAGCAAACAGUAUGCUUGAUAUUUUCUCAUGUCUUAUCUGACGAUUUCCUUUCAUCCUCACAUGUGAACUGGAACCAGUCUGAAGAAAAGACUUUGACCGAAUUUAGAUGCCGAACUUUGACCUCAGUUGUCACUAGACGAGUUUCAACAGCUGUCUUUGUAAAAUACGUGAACCCAGCUUCUGUGACAUGCUGUGACAUCAAAUCCAACAUUCUGUAACAUCAAACCCUAUUUUACUUUUGAGACGAUCUGACCGUAUCUUACACUAUUUAUGGUACAGUUAUUGUGUUUAAUAUUGAGGUUAAUUGUCUUCAUCAACUACUGAAUGUUUUGUGAGCGUUACAGUUGACCUGUAGCCUUAAACCACAUUUAUUCCUUCAUUCAGGUGAGUCCAUUGAUUGUGUCACUACCAUGAUGGUAUUGUUCGAUCCGCGUUGGCUUAUUUAAUGGUCAUUUGUUUUCAAAAAUGUGAUGUGAAGAACUAAAUGUUAACUAGGGGUGCUCAAAUGCUUCUGAAGCUUUGAUGUGUAUUCAGCAUAAAGCCAAAUAUCUUUUGGGCCAUUGCAUAAUGUUUGAAAGCGCUUCAGUUGUCAGAUCAGGCUUUAGCCUUAAAUGAAUAAAUUAUUACAGUUCCUGCUGUAUAUUCAUUCCUUUUGUUUAUAUUAAACUAAUUGCUAUCAU